GUCAAUUGAUAAUACCAAAUGAGAUACGAGCACUCUCGGAACAUCAUCAGUCUGUUGCGUACAGCUGAGUGCUAGUGUAAUACAUUCGUUAAGCUACAGUGAUGCAAAUAUGACCUUGUACCAUUCGCUUAGCACCAUUCUGCUGCUUAUCGCGAUCCCACAAGGUCUCGAUGGGACACCCACGUUCAAGGCUCACAUUCUCAAGCAUGUUACGAGUAAAACAAGCUCAAGUGAUCAACAAAUCGCGGCGACGGAAGUGAUCAACCGAAUUCUUCCUCAGCAGGCACAGUACUUCAAGGUUGGCAUCGACAGUCGUAUGAAGCUCAAUUCGUUCAGGAUAGAAAAAUCUGACGAAACGGAAGGAAAAGUUUACAUUACUGCUUCUAGUGGUGUUGCUGCAACCAAAGGUUUUUACUAUUAUCUGAAAUAUUUUUGUGGUUGUCAUGUUUCAUGGGAUGGUGAUCAACUGAAUCUACCGGAAAUUUUACCAUCAAUCAAUGAGACGAUUGAGGCGCCGAGCAGUAUAAUUUAUUACCAGAACGUAUGUACCUGGUCGUAUUCGUUCACCUGGUGGACUUGGUCCGAAUGGCGUCGGCACAUCGACUGGAUGGCCUUGCAGGGAAUAACGCUCAGUCUAGCACCCUUCCAGGAGGAUCUCUGGACAGAGCUGUACAGCGAAUACAACAUCACUCAACACGAUAUAGACAACCAUCUCGGAGGCCCAGGGUUUUUUGCCUGGCAGAGAAUGGGUAACAUUCGCGGCUGGGGAGGUCCUUUAACAGCAAAAUUUAAACGUUUCUCUUCCAUGCUGCAGCUGAAAAUCGUUCAGCAAAUGCGUCGACUAGGCAUGACAGUGGCACUUCCUGCGUUCGCAGGUCACUUACCAGUUCAGUUCAAGCAGUUUUUCCCGCAGUCAAGAAUAUCAUUCGUUGCCGAUUGGAAUGGAUUCCCAGCACAGUAUGCCAGUCCGGUGUUUUUGGAUCCAGUAGAUCCGCUGUUUAAGGAGAUUGGUGCUAAAUUUAUGAAAAAGGCAAUCGCACGAUACGGAACCGAUCACAUAUAUUUCAGUGAUCCGUUUAACGAAAAUCAACCGCGAUCCGCAAGUGCAAGAUAUUUAUCCGAAGCGGCAGCCGGAAUUUUCAAAACGAUGACAACAGCUGAUCCACUUGCUGUUUGGUUACUUCAAGGAUGGAUGCUUGUAAAAAACCCGUUUUGGUCCGAUCGUGCUAUUAGAUCCUUUUUAACUGCAGUACCGAAAGGUCGAAUGCUGGUACUAGAUUUACAAUCCGAACAGUUUCCUCAAUACCAAAGGACACAGUCAUAUCACGGACAGCCUUUUAUCUGGUGCAUGUUAAGUAACUUUGGAGGAACACUUGGAAUGCUGGGUUCGGUCGAUAUUGUAUUUCAAAGAAUUCAAGAGACAAGAAAUGACGAAAACUUCACAAUGUUAGGAACGGGAAUAACACCGGAAGGUAUUAAUCAAAACUAUGGACUGUACGAGUUUGCACUGGAGAUGGGAUGGCUAAGGAACAUUAGCAGCACGGACGAUUGGUUCAGAACUUAUGCCAGAGUACGAUAUGAGAGUGAAGAUGAACAACUCCAAAAUUCGUGGAGUAUAUUCAAAUCAACGGUUUAUAACUUCAAGGGUUUGGAGCUGAUGCGAGGAAAAUAUACCUUCAAUCGACGACCAAGCCUGAAACUCAGCCCAUGGGUAUGGUACAACGAGACCCUUUUCAACGAAGGAGUCAAUCUAUUGCUUCAUGCAAACGCAUCCAACGCAUUGUUCAAAAGAGACGUUGUCGACCUCACGCGCCAAUUCCUACAAAACACCGUCGAUCGGCUUUACCUCAACAUAAAGGGGUCGUACCAAACAAGAAACAUAACGUCGUUGCGACUGUACAGUAACAUGUUCAGUGAGCUUCUUCAAAACAUUGACAGCCUUCUCCUAACCGAUCGGCACUUUCUACUAGGCAAUUGGCUGGAGUCAGCCAAAGCUCUGGGGCAAACCAGUCUGGAAAGACAAAAAUACGAGAUCAAUGCACGAAACCAAAUUACUUUGUGGGGACCACAAGGGCAAAUCAUCGAUUAUGCUAAUAAGCAAUGGGCUGGAAUGGUACGUGAUUUUUUCCGGCCUCGCUGGAGUUUGUUUCUUGGCGAGCUUCAAUCGGCGCUGGAAACCAACGGCACUAUUAAUGAUACCAAAACGAGGGAUAAAAUCUUUCGGUUAAUUGAGCUCCCGUUCUCAACAGAUAAUAAGAUAUAUCCAACUGAAUCACAAGGAAAUGCACUAGAAGUCGCUCGAGAGCUGUUUCUCGUUUGGAGCCAACGAGGAACAAUGUUGAAAAAGCUUCCCACCGAAUCACCCGUUACUAAAAAAAACUAAAAAAAUUAGAAGUUGAAAUGAAAGAUCAAAAUGAUGUUUCUGUAACACAGUAUACUAAUUUUACACACAGUCAACCAUGUUCCAAUUCGACAAUAAAUAGGCAGUUUUUCGAAC